CAGAGAAAGCGAAAGCAAAGCAAAAGAUAGAUACAAGAGCUUGCACACGAGAAAGCAAAGCAAAGCUAAAAACAAAGCUCUCCCACUCUUCUCGUGCUUCUCUCCUUUGACCCUUCUUCUUCUUCUUCUUCUCCAUCAUCAUCAUCAUCUCUCUCUUUCUCUCUAUCUCUCUAUAUAUACACUCAUUCAUUCACUCUUUCAUUCAUUUAUACAUAUACAUUAUCAAUGGCUGUGCAACAACAACAAGUACAUCAACAACAUGUUGAUCAGUUAGUAUAUCAUCAGUUACUCAAGACCUCAACGUUCAGCUCGCCGGAGAGUGGCCUGAGUUACAAUGCUUCAGCUCCUCGGAAACGUAGCCGUCCUAUUACUCCCAUCUCCCCUUCUUUACCGGAGCUUCCCACCACCUCCACCAGUGACCAAGAUCUCUUCUCUCAUCUCUACCAACACACUCUAGACGUUGACACUCUCAUCCAUUUCCAGAAUGAAAGGUUGAGAUUGUAUGUAGAGGAGUUGCAAAGAAGGCAUUAUAGAGCAGUGUUAAUAGCAGUGGAGCAGGAGGUGACAAGAAGAUUAAAAGAAAAGGAAACAGAGCUUGAAGAUGUGAAGAAUAAGAACUUAGAUCUUGAACAGAAGUUACGGCAACUCGCCGGUGAAAACCAGGUCUGGUUCAACGUGGCAAAGAACAACGAGGCUGUUGUUUCUGGUCUACGUUUGAGUUUAGAGCAAGCUCUUCUUCGUAACGCCGGCGCCGGAGCCGGAGGUCCGGCGGUUGAAGGGUUUGGAGAGGGUGGUGGUGUUGGGAAUGAUGAUGAUGAUGAUGAUGAUGAUGAUGCUCAGUCUUGCUGCGGUGGAGGUGGCGGCGCCGCCGCCGGAGGAAGGUGGCGAGGAGGGUGUAAGGCUUGUGGGAAGAGAGAAGCUUGCUUUGUGGUGUUACCCUGUAGGCAUCUUUGCUUAUGUGAUUCCUGCGAAUCAAAGGUGGACACGUGUCCCGUUUGCAUGUCUAAGUUAAGUAGUUGCUUGCAUGUGUUUUUGUCUUGAUUUAAAUUGUUAAUCACUUUGGUUAGUGAAUGCUUAAUUAAAUUUUAAACCUUUUUUUU